AUGAGGACCCACAGCCUCACCCUGCUCUCCCUCCUCCUUCUGGCUGUUCCGAUGCUCUUGGCGGAGGCCAAAAAGGAAGGAAGGAAUAGACACGGCAGCAAAGCCAAUGCAGAUGAAGUGCAUGCUUUGGGCAAGCCUGGGAAGGAGCCGAGGAGCCAGCCAACCAAGCACCCAAUCAAAGGUAAAUUCGUCACCCCGGACCACGCUGACUGCAGAUGGAUGGUGACCGAGCAGGAGGACGGCAUCGCCCUGAAGGUCGAAUGCACCCAACAGGACAACACGUUUUCCUGUUUCUUCACUGGCAAUCCAACCUCAUGCCUAGAGUUGCACAAAAACAACGCCUAUUGGAAACAAAUUGGCCGGAACCUGCGUUCUCAGAAGGUCAUCUGUGGUGAUGCCAAGAGUGUCCUGAAGACCAGGGUGUGCAGAAAGAAGUUUCCAGAAUCGAAUCUCAAGCUGGUGAACUCUACUCUGAUUAGGAUCAAGAAACCCAGCCAGGAGUUAAUGGAGCUCUCUCCCAUGGACAAGGUUGAAGUGAUUACCUCCCCCAGCCCAGAAAAGACCCAGCCCGUGGCCACCAAAGACCCUCAGUGUCUGGAGGAAGACUUGGAAAACCAAAGGAAGGCAGCCCUGGAGUACUGUGGGGAGACCUGGGGCUCUUUGUGCAAAUUCUUCCUCUCCAUGGUACAGGGCAGUUCAUGCUAA